CCCCCAGGUUUGUAGUGGAAUGGGCUAUUAUAGAGCAGGAUGGCAAGGGGGAUGGCUGUGCUGCUCUUAUUUGGAUUUGUCCUUUUGGUUCUGUGUAGACCCUCACUUCAAGGAGGAGUCUUCAUACCAGCUGCAGGAGGAGGAGCUGGAGCUGGACUAGGUGCCGGUAUUGCACCUGCAGCUGGACAAGGUGCUGGAGUUGGUCCAGCUGGAGUUGGUCUUGGUGCUGGAAUUGUUCCUGGAACAGGACUUGGUUUAGGAGGGAUUGGUCCUGGACUAGGAACGAGGCCAGGAGUUGGCACUGGACCUGGUGCAGGUCCUGGUGGAGUGUGGACUGGACUUGGUACUGCAGGCAGUGGGCCAGGAGUUGCAACUGGAGCAUAUGACCCUGGUUUUGGUACAGGAGGAUUUGGUCCUGGUGGUUAUGGUGUAGGCCUUGGAGCAGGUAGACCAUUAACUGGAGGUCUUGGGACUGGUGGUCUAGGUGUUGGUACUGGAGGGUUCAGAGAAGGCUCUUAUGUAAAACCCCCCAAAUCAGGAUAUGGUGGGUUUGGACCUAGUGGUGUGGGUACAAGCCCUGGAUCUGCAGGAGUUGGUCCAGGGGGUACUGCACUUGGACCAGGAAGUAUUACUCCUCAGGGCAUUGGUCCAGGAGGUGUUAGUCCAGGAGGCAUUGGUAUUGGAGGAACAGGUGCUGGAGGCAUUGGUCCUGGAGGAAUUGGACCUGGAGGCAUUGGUCCCAUUAGACUUGGACCUGGAGGCAUAGCUAUUGAUCCCAGUACUGGAGGUCUCGGAGCAGGAGCUGCUGUUAAGCCUCCUAAAACAGGAUAUAGAGGCAGGGGUAUGGGCUUAGGUGCUAGUGGAUUAGUCCCUAGUGUUGGAGGGCCUGGCACUCUUGGGGCAGGAGGAUUGGGUUCUGGUGGACUUGUUCCAGGAGGAGUGAGUCCCAGUGGUCUUGUUCCAGGAGGAAUGAGUCCUGGUCUUGGGGCUAGUGGAUUUGGAAGAGGUGUUGGUGGAAAACCUCCAAAACCUCCAGGUGGUUAUAGUGGCUUAGGUGGUCUUAGCCCAGGUGGAAUUGUUCCAGGUGGAGCUGUCCAAGGAUUUAGACCAGGAGUUGGCCUAGGAGGUCCUGGUUUAGGAGGGGCUGGUCCAGGAGGAAUUGGCCUAGGAGGGGUUAGUCCAGGAGGAGUUGGUCCAGGAGGAAUAGGCUUAGGAGGACUUGGUCCAGGAGGAAUUGGCCUAGGAGGGGUUGGUCCAGGAGGAGUUGGUCCAGGAGGAAUAGGCUUAGGAGGGCUUGGUCCAGGAGGAAUUGGCCUAGGAGGGGUUGGUCCAGGAGGAGUUGGUCCAGGAGGAAUAGGCUUAGGAGGACUUGGUCCAGGAGGAAUUGGCCUAAGAGGGGUUGGUCCAGGAGGGCUUAGUCCAGGAGGAAUAGGCUUAGGAGGACUUGGUCCAGGAGGAAUUGGCCUGGGAGGGGCUGGUCCAGGAGGUCUUGGUCUAGGCUUUGGCCCCAGAGGAGUGGGAGGAGGAGCUGGUGCUAAACCCAGAAAAUAUGGUGUUUAUGGGGGCAGCCCUGGAGGUGUUUACUCUGGAGUUGGACAGAAACCACCAAAAGCAGGACCUGGAGGAACAACUCUUGGUGGAGCUGGAUUUGUUCCUGGUGGUUCAGGGGUUGGCUCUGGUGGAGUAGGAGUUGUUCCUGGUGGCAAAAGUGUCAGUCCUGGAGCUGCUGGAGUUGGUUAUGGUGUCACUGGAGUUGGUGCAGGUGGUUCUGGAAUCAUGCCUGCUGGAGCUGGAGUCGGCCCAGCUGGAGCUGGAGUCGGCCCAGGUGGAGUUGGAGUUGGUUUAGGUGGUGCUGGAGUCGGCCAAGGUGGAGCUGGAGUCGGUCCGGUUGGAGUUGGAGUCGGACCGGGUGGAGCUGGAGUCGGUCCGGGUGGAGUUGGAGUCGGUCCAGGUGGAGCUGCAUUUGUUCCUGCAGGAGCACCUGUUCUACCACAGUCUGGAUUGCCUGGUACUGGAACAAGCACUGGGCGUAAAAUCGGCAAGAUCGGAAAGGCACCAGUGCCAGGUAUUGGUAUCCCUGGGCUGCACCAGGGUGGUAUUGUCCCUGGACAAGGUUUUGGUGGCCUAGGAGUACUACCAGGUGUAGCUACGGGAUCUCAGACAGGUGGUCAAGGUGCACUUGGGGCCAGUGGUGGUCAGGGAGGCUUUGUUCGACAGCAGUUACCAGGGGUAUUUCGUGGAUACCCACUCAUUUUACCAAAGUCUGGAGGAUCUGGCUCAGCUAAGUCUCAAGCUAAAAUAGCUAAAUAUGGAGCUGGUGGAAUACCUGGUGUUGGAGGUGCACUUGGUGUAGGCAGUAUACCUGGAGUUGCUAGUGUACCCGGAACAGUGGGUGUUCCUGGUGUUGGUGCUGUACCAGGAGCACGUGGUGUUCCUGGUGUUGGUCCUGUACCAGGAGCAGGUGGCAUUCCUGGUGUUGGAGCUGUACCUGGAGCAGGUGGUAUUCCUAGUGUGGGUGCUGUACCUGGAGCAGGUAGCAUUCCAGGUGUUGGUGCUGUACCUGGAGUAGGUGGAAUACCUGGAAUUGGAAGCAUACCUAGUGUUGGAGGUGUACCCGGAGGGAGUGGCUUGUAUCCUGGUGCUGGUGGUGUCUAUCCUGGAGGAGCAGGAGCCAAAGCACUGAAGUAUGCCUCUGGAAUUGGAACAGGUGGGUUCCCUGGUCUUGGAGCAGGUGGGCUCCCUAGUCUUGGAGCUGGUGGAUUUCCUAGCUCUGGGAUUGGUGGAAUUGGAGCUGGAGGACUUCCUGGCUCUGGACUUGGAACUGAAAGUGGUGGGAUUGGAGCAGGUCCUGGAGGAUAUGCUGGAGCAAAAGCAAGGAAAUAUGGUCAACUUGGAGGUCCUCGUGGAGCAUUAGGUGCUGGUGGAAUUCCAGGAGCAGUACCUGGGGUGGGACAUGGCAUUGGCGGUCUUCCUGGCAGUGGGCUUGGAGCAUCUGGCUUGCCUGGAGCUGGAGGAAUAGGUGGUCUACGUGUUGGAGGACUUCCUGCUGGCGGAGGUGCUGCUGGGGGCCUGGGUGGAGUUGGAAGUCUACCAAGCAAUGGCCUUGGGCCUGGGGGUGUAUCUAGUGGGGGUUUUGGCCCUGGAGGAGUGCCUGGUGGGAGUCUUGGCCCUGGAGGAGUGCCUGGUGGUGGUCUUGGCCCUGGAGGAGUGCCUAGUGGUGGUCUUGGCCCUGGAGGAGUGCCUGGUGGUGGUCUUGGGCCAGGAGGAUAUGCUGCAACCAAAGCUCGCAAAUACGGUCUCCUCAGUGGAGCAGGUGGGGCUGCUGGAACAGGACUGCCUGGAGGGGUUGUUGGUGGUGGAUUAGGCCUAGGAGUACCAACUGGUGGAACUGGUACUGGAGUGUCACUAGCAGGUGGAGUUGGCAUGGGAGGAGCACCAAUGGGUGGAUUUGGUCUAGGAGGAGUACCCGGUGGUGGUGUUGUCCCUGGACUGGUACCAGGAGGUGGCUUUGGCCCUGUCUAUGGAGGAGCAGGAUUUGGAACUGGGGCUGGACCUGCUGGUGGAUAUAGUCAAGGCACUGAGCUGGGUCCUGGGGCUGGAUAUGGUGCGGGUAUCAUACCUGGAGGAAUAGGAACCAGAGGAGGGCCUACAGGUGUUGGAGGUGUACCUGGAGCAGGGGAACAGUUAGGGGGAGUACCUGGCACUGGAACAGGAGCACUAGGAAGUACUGGACAGGGUGCAGUUGUGCCUGGAAGCUUUGGAGGUAGGCUUGGCCUUGGUGUAGUCCCUGGCAGUGUGCCAGGCACAGGCUUUGGAGGAUAUGGAGGCUAUGGAGGCAGGGCAAAGCCCUCAAAAUAUGGUCAGCCAGGUGGUGGGAUUGGCAGUGUUUUAGGUGGAGCUGGUUCAGUACUUGGUGCUGUUGGAGUUGGAACCACGGGAGGAAGGACUGGAAUUACUACUGGUGCAGGAGCCACAGGAAGCAAGGCAGAUAAAUAUGUAGUACCAGAUGUCAGUGGAGGAACACUAGGAGGAGCAGUGAUUCCAGGCAGUACACCAACCACAUUCACAGGCCAGGGAAAUAGAACUGGAGCUGAUGGAGUUGUGCGACACGGUGGAACAGCUCCUGGAGCUAAUGGCACUGAAGAAAGACCAGGUGGUACUAAAGCACCCAAGCUGGGAGAACAAGGAGGAGCAAUUGAGGGAUCUGGAAGCUCCAUUGGAGGUGGCACAGGAGUUAGUGGUGGGCCUGUUGAAACUGAUGGAUUUGAUGGGGUUGCUGGGACAGGAAUACCCAUCUUAGCUGGUGGAAAACCAGGUGGAACAGGAGUGCCUAUACCAGAAAUUGGUGCUGGAAUUGUUCAACCCAUUGAUGGAACAAGUGCAGGGGGUUCUGGUCAAGGCCAGCCAGGUGCCGGUGGACUUGCUGAUAGUCUGCAAGGAGCCAAACCAUUGAAACUUCCAGGUGCUGGAGGUAGUGUUGUAGCUGGGCGUGGAGAUACUCCAGGCACUAUUGGGGAAGGACCAGAUGUUGUGGGUGCAGGCCCAGGUGGAAUUGGUGGAGGGCUGAGUGAAACUGGAGUUGGAGGAGUACCUGGUGGGUUUAGAGGUGGACCGGGUGGGGUUGUAGGAGUACCCGGUGGAGUUGGAGGUGGACCAGGUGGGGUUGGAGGAGUACCUAGUGGAGUUGGAGGUGGACCGGGUGGGGUUGGAGGAGUACCUAGUGGAGUUGGAGGUGGACCGGGUGGGGUUGGAGGAGGACUGGAUGGAGUUGGCACCAGCACGAGGCCAGGAACAAUUAAACCUCCUAAAGGUUAUGGUAUCACAGGGGGAGGGGGGAUCUUGGGUGCUGGUGGCACUGGCGGCACUGGCGGCACUGGGGGCCCAGGUGGACUAGGAGGGCCUGGAGUGGCAAUGGGAGCAGGCUUUUUGCCUGGAAGUAGCAAUUUCCUACCGGGAGGUGGAGGAAUGGGAACUGGAUCUCAGAAACCUAGCAAAAGUUAUGGUGGAAGUUUAGGUGCUGGUGGCAUCCUGCCAGUGAAUGGUCUAAGGUUUCCAAGUGGAGCCGCAGUAGGCAGCAAACGAGGGAUGCUUUUUGGAGGAGGUGGGGGGCUUAGUGACCUUGGAAGCCCAAGUGGCGGACCAGGCGGCUAUGGCCCUGGGCCUGGCAGUUAUGGAACAGGACCUGGUGGCUAUGGGGGUACCACUGGUGGCUACAGAACAGGACCAGGUGGUCCUGGUACAGUAGAUCUUGGAUAUGGCCCUGGAACAGGAAAGCCACCAAAAGGCUAUGGAGCUUCUGGAGCAUUGGGUGACUCUGGAAGAGGAGUUGGUGGGGUGGGGGGCCUAGGAGGAGGGUCUGGAGGUGUUGAUUCUGGUCCAGGAGGAGUUGGUGGAAUUGGAGGAAUUGGAGGAAUUGGAGGUGGACUAGGAGGUCUAGGUGGAGGUUUAGGAUACCCAGGUGGAGCAGGAAUCGCAUCAGGAGCCAGAAAACCUGGGAAAUCAGGAUUUGGAGAUUUGGGAGGAGUAGGAGGACGUGGAGGUACAGGUGGGGCUCUAGGAAGAGCCCCUGCAGGUGGAGGACUAACAGGUGUAGAAGGAGUAGGUGCUGCUGGCCAAGCAGGACCUGGUGCAGGUUUCAGGUAUCCAGGCAGUGCAGGCCUGGGAGCAGGAGCUGGGAUACCUGUGAAAUCAGCCUAUGGCACAAGUGCCUUGGGUGGUCAAGGUUACCAGCCAGGGAGUGCAGUGCCUGGACAUGGUGUGGGUGGUCCAGGAAGUUAUCAGCAGCCAUUUACAGGCUAUGGUGGAGUUGGACCAGGUGGAGCUGGAAGUGCACCACUUACACCUCAACAAUCCAAAGCAGCCAAAUAUGCAGCUCUCCUGGGUAAUCUAAGUGCUGGAGGAUACAGAGGGGGUGCUGCAUGCCGAGGCAAGUACUGUGGUAGGAGGAGGAAGUGAGAACCCUGAAAAGGGAUGUGACCUCAUGAACAAGUGGUGCUACUGCCUAUCUCAGAUGUGCUUUUUCAUUGCUAGCAUGGGAAAAGAAAAACAACAACAAACCCCAUUUUGUAACAUAAGUGUGUCCAGAGGUUCAGAAGAAGCACAUCACAUAUAUUUGAUAAAGUUUGAUCUAAGGUGCUGUACAUUGCGCUCUUACCCAUACCCUCAUGGCACAAUGUAAGCCCUUUUUUAUUUAUAUGUAAGCCCUAUUUAUUUACACACCAGGCCAUUAUUUAAUUAUUUUUUUUAACUUCAGUUUAGUUUUUAUUUCAGCACUUCAGAAGAAGAGGUAACUGAUCUGUUCACUGUCAUCCAUUAGUUCAAUGCUGUCAAGGCAUGUAACAACACUGUCCCUUAAUUAUCACUGUAGCUUCACUGUAAAUUAGCUGGGUGUGUAAUGGCCAGAUCACACAAAAUUGUGGUGGAUUGCAGUAAACUUGCACAUAUUUACCUGAUACUCCUGAUGGUCUGAACUGUGAUCCACACAAAACAGUGGCUCUUCUGACUCAUCAAUCACCACUGCUCCAUCUUAGCGCUUAGUCUCAAUUUCAGAGUCACAGCUACAUAUUCAGAAGUACUGCUUAGGAGCAGGUCUCUGCUACUUGAAGCAGAUCUGUAAGAGUAAUACACAAUUGAGCUUACACCAAGUGGUACAGAUCACGUUCCAAGAUUCUCAUCAUUUGUGCACAGUGUGACUGUUUGCUUCUUCUCUUUUGAUGGUGCCUACCACCCUUUUCUUCUUACUAAGGCAGGCUUAUAAUGGCCUCUACGUGAGUGCAUGUUGAUGAGCUUUGUCAUCUGUGCUGUUAGAGAAAUGUAGACUUACACUCUGCCUUUUGGACAGUCUUACUGUAGCAAAUUGUAUUUUCUGAUGUUGGCACCGUAUUUCCCGAACAACUGAGGAUUAGAAGUUUUUCACUAUACUUCAGGAGCUUAAAGUGAUUCUCUGGGUGUGUGUUUUCUGAAACUUGUGAAUGAUGUAUUUGUGUAAGUGGAAAUUACAAUUCAAAUGUGACCUGAGAUCAAGAGAAUGACGAUGCAGCCGGUUAAUAGCAGGUUUGCAGUGUUUACCUUUUGAUUUUCACUUUAUGUGGCUCUUACUUUGAAUUUCACAUCUUGAACAUGAAAUUCAUGUAUGACCAUCAAGAUUUCUUAUGAUGCGUUAUUUUUAGUUCAUUAAAUAAAUUACAAAAUCAUCU